CCUCUAAUUUUUCCCACCAAAAAAUACAAGAAACAAAAAAAAAAAAAUAAUAAAUCAAGAAAAAUGGCGACAACAUUUCUCUCGACUGCAAAACCCUUCCUCUCCUCUUCAACACCAUCUUCUUUAUCAUCCCUAACAAAUAGACCUCUCCAGUUUUCUUGUCCACAACAAAAAUGUAAUCCCAGGAGACCAUUGACUUCAUGCAAAGCUCUCAGUGACGAGUCACUUCCAGUACCAGCCGCCUCUCCAAUUAUUAUAACAAGAAGAAGCCUGUCCAUUUGCUUCUUAACCAGCUUUGUAUUUUCAUUGGCAAGUAGAGGUAGUUCUAGUGCCAAUGCAGCUAUACUAGAAGCUGAUGAUGAUGAAGAAUUAUUGGAGAAAGUUAAGAGGGACAGAAAGAAAAGGUUAGAAAGACAAGGAGUUAUUAGCUCAGCUAACAAGGAAAAAGGAUAUUUGCAAGAUCUUGUGUACAAGCUAAGUAAAGUAGGGCAAGCCAUAGACAACAAUGAUCUAUCUACUGCUAGUUCGGUUCUUGGGGGUAGCACUGAUAUUGAUUGGGUUAAGAAGGCUAACAUUGCCUUCACCAAGCUGAGCUCUAGCCCUGAAGAAAAGAUAGAGGUGGACACCUUUAAUUCCUCUCUAUCUUCUUUAAUUUCAUCAGUUACUAGCAAUGACAUUGAAUCCUCCAAAACUGCUUUUGUAUCAUCAGCCACUGCUUUUGAGAAAUGGACAAACUUGACAGGGCUGUUUGGACAACUCAAAGGGCUUUGAAAGGAAUCUGGGUUACGAUCCUCUUUGUUCAUUUCCUUUUUGUUGCGACGAACAUUUGAAGCUCACUGGUUUCUCACCCUGGCUCAUAUCAUUCAAUUCUUCUCUUCUCUUUUCUUCUUAGUCCGAGUAGUUCCCACAAUUCAAGAUCAACAUGCUAUUUUGCUUGCACGCGAGUUGCAAUUCCAUGCCCAA